GGUUGAAAUCUUGUAGAGCUGAUACAAUUUGGUUACAGCAUGUACAAUGUAUAUUAAUUCCUUUAUCAAACAAUUUGCAGCAUAUUAUUUUGUGCGUAAGGUUAUGCAUUGUUUUGUAUCAUAGAUUGCAGAGCAGAGUGAUCGAUACAGAAAACUGGUUUUUAAAGAUAAAAUAGUAUGGAAGGCUCUGGUAAAAUGGUUUCAAACACCAAUAGUUACUGCAAAUGACAGUAACAUGGCAGCAAUGUGCAUGAAGAUCGUCGGCAAGUUGUGCCUGAGUGAGGAGCUGAGCUGGCAAAUGAUUGACAAGAAUGGACUCAUGACAUACCUGGAGGAUGGAGUACAUUUGUCUAAUAAUGGGCCAUUGAAUGCAUAUCUGGAGGUGAUAUUGCAACUGUCCACUCAUGAUGGUCGAUGCCGAAACAAGAUAUUGGAAAGUAAGGAAAUCCUGCAGACACUUGCAAGGUACAUGUUCUCUUAUCACAAAGAGAUUCAAGGUCCAACGUUACGUGCCAUCGCAAACCUGGCAGAGUCUGAAGACAAGGCUAAGAACUUGAUAAAGUGUGGCAUUACUCCCAAGAGUACCACGUUGGUCAUCACAUGUCAUCAGCAACCAGCUAUUAGUCUUGCUCAGAAGAUAGAGAAAGUUCUCAAAAGAACUUGUGAAAAAGAAUGGAGAGAGGAAGACAUCGCAUUUGGAAAAGAGCGUUUAGAUUUCUUUCAAUGCCGAAAUGAAGACACUGCGCAGAAUCUAAAAGAUGAAGGCAACAAAAAAUUCAAGUUAGGCUUGUUUAACGAUGCAGCGAGACUUUACACAAUAGCAUUAAAGUUUGUGCCUCACUGUUUGGAGGUCAGCAAGGCAAGAAAAGAUGGGAGUCGUUGGUGGGUGUUACCAGCUGUGUUGUAUAGUAACCGUGCGCAAUGCCACCUAAACAACUCCGAUUGGGACAGCGCCCUGCGUGACUGCAAUGAGGCCAUGGCAAGAUGCCUUGAAGACAAUGAAGAGUCGGACAAAAUACUUGUAAAAACAAUGUUCCGGCGUUCCAAGGCGUUCACGGAGUUAGGAUACCACUUCAGAGCACUGAAUGAUAUCUCGUACUGUCUAAGAAACCAGGCAGCUCAGGUACACCAGACGCCUGGUGUGAAUAAUUUUCAGUCUUAUUACUGGGAGAUCGCGGUCAAAUACCGUAGCACGUGUGGCAUGGAGCCGAUCCGUCGGUGUGGCAACUGCCUUGGCGGAGAAGGAGAAAAGUUAAAAAGAUGCGGUAACUGUGAGGAGGCAUACUGCAGCCGUGAGUGUCAAGUGUUGGCCUGGGAACUAGGUCAUAAGAACCUCUGCAAAAAAUGAAAAUAGUUCUAAGUUGACAUUUUAAGAUUUAAGUUGAAGUUUUGAGUUGUAAGUUGAAAUUUCUUCUUAUAGGUUGAAAUUUUAAGGUUACGGUAUAUUUUCUUGGAUCGAUUUUUGUUUGAAAAUUAAAUGCACUAUCUUUGAUUACCAAAAAUAAUGUUAUUUUGGCCGUCAGUAGCGGAAAAAAGUCAUUCAUAUUCUCUUUUCUUCCAUCGGGUGGAGUUUUAUAGAAAGUUCUUAAUUGGCUUAACACAGAUAAUUUUAUUUGGUUUUUGCAACAUUUCCUUUGAGUACCAUUCUUAGUUCUGUAAGCUUUUAAUGAUAUAACUCUUUAUAAUGCCCUUCCCUUUUAAAGCGCUCAAGAGCGGCGUUUUUGUGGAACGCAUCCGGGAAUCUUGACCGUAACCUUAAUCAGCAUAAGAGACCUACAUUGCUGUCUCUUACCAAGAAUAUCCUGCGAUCAGGUGUCCUGACCGCAGCAAGAAGAUCAAGUCGGUUAUAAAAUUUAGUAAGCAAAAAUGUUGUUUAAAGAGGACAAAACUGAAGAACUAGUGUUACGAUUGCUAACAGCUUUGAAAAAUAGUCGUUUUAGGCCCAGGUCUAAGCGUCGAACUUCGCAUGAGACGAACUAAACUUAGCGAAUUAAGUUCCAUGAUAAGUUCGACGUUUGACUCAACUGAGUUCGUUCGACUGAAUUGAGAUCGACCGAUGGAACUUGUUGGGUGAUGUAAAUUCGAAUUAAGUUCGACGCUUGACCGAACGGUCGAGCUUUACCCGUUUAGAUCGACUCAAGUUGCAACUUACAGUUCAUCUCGUGUGAAGUUCUACGCUUGACCUGGGCCUUAGAGGAUAAGAAGGAGCAGAGUAAACAAUGAGUUAGUGUUCAUUGUAGCUUUGCAGUUAUUGUUUUGCGCGAUACAAUUCACUCAGCACAAUCUUGACGAGGACUUGUUGGAUGGACCGUGACAAAUAGCAAACAGUCGUUUGACGGUAUAGAGUCGGUAUAACGCGAUAGAAACCAAGAGCAAAGAGUGUGUUUUUAGAACAAAUCAGUGGUUUUUAAUAAUCGUUUACACGUAGAUCGGUCAAGAUGAUUGCAGAUUAUAGAUGAGAUGACAAACACGAGUACGCUCGCACUACUGCACAGUCUAGGUUUCUGUUGUCUGAUUCAUGUCCAAACGCCAGUUUGGAAUUGCGACCUCGAUUGAAAUCGCGCGUAUGAUUUGAGAUGAUUAACAGCCAAUCAGGGGUGCAAAGCUGUGUUUCCUGUUGUCGCAUCCAACAGAUGCGUGAGGUAUAAUUGUUUCACUAAAAAAAAGAGCAGCAAUGACAAAAAAUACCAUGACAUAUCAGUUAAUAUUGCUAAUUGGCAAUUUUUUCGUUAUAAAUUUGGCCAGAUUCUCGUUGUUUAAAGUCAGCUAAGUUGCAGAUUUUAAUGUUGCAUAGAGUAUAUCUCGCUUUGAACAUUGUUGUCUCGACUUCCAUUUGGAAGUGGAAUGUUUCACACCAUCUCCAGUCGGGAAAGAUUUUUCAAAACCACCGAGAGAUUGUAGGCCAGUAAGGUAUCACAAAUGUAUUUAAAACGGGUGUGAAUGGCAGGAUGGGUUUUCACAGAGCGUCUAAUUCGUUGAAGAUUUCACGUGAAUGAUGUAAGUGUUAAAGGCAUUUACACUACCCAGAUGCAGGUGAAACAAGUUUUGUUUUGUAAGUGAUAACUGGAGAAAGCAUGGGUGUAUUUUAGUAUUACUAUUUUUGUCUCUAUUUGUGGUGUAAAAUGUAGAGAUUUCAAACGUAAAA